ACGCCAUCAGGACCCUCAGCUUUCCCUGGACGCAGCCUACGUAGUUCAGCAUAAACCUCAUCUAUGGAGAAGCUAUGUGGGGUCACAGCAGUACAUCUGGAACAGCUGCCGGGUGGAGCAGCGCAGGUGGUCACAGCAGAGGGGGUGGUACAACUGCCGGAUGGAGUAGAGCAGGUGGUCCCCACAGAGGAGGUGGUACAGCUGCCGGGUGGAGCAGAGCAGGUGGUCACAGCAGCGGAGGUGGUACAGCUGCCGGGUGGAGCAGAGCAGGUGGUCACAGCAGAGGAGGUGGUACAGCUGCGAGGUGGAGUAGAGCAGGUGGUCCCCACAGAGGAGGUGGUACAGCUGCCGGGUGGAGCAGAGCAGGUGGUCCCAGCAGAGGAGAUGGUACAGCUGCCGGGUGGAGCAGAGCAGGUAGUCCCAGCAGAGGAGGUGGUACAGCUGCUGGAUGGAGCAGAGCAGGUGGUCACAGCAGAGGAGGUGGUACAGCUGCCGGGUGGAGCAGAGCAGGUGGUCACAGCAGCGGAGGUGGUACAGCUGCUGGAUGGAGCAGAGCAGGUGGUCACAGCAGUGGAGGUGGUACAGCUGCUGGAUGGAGCAGAGCAGGUGGUCACAGCAGAGGAGGUGGUACAGCUGCCGGGUGGAGCAGAGCAGGUGGUCACAGCAGCGGAGGUGGUACAGCUGCUGGGUGGAGCAGAGCAGGUGGUCACAGCAGAGGAGGUGGUACAGCUGCUGGGUGGAGCAGAGCAGGUGGUCACAGCAGAGGAGGUGGUACAGCUGCUGGAUGGAGCAGAGCAGGUGGUCACAGCAGAGGAGGUGGUACAGCUGCUGGAUGGAGCAGAGCAGGUGGUCACAGCAGAGGAGGUGGUACAGCUGCAGGAUGGAGCAGAGCAGGUGGUUCCAGCAGAGGAGGUGAGGGGCCCACUGACUGAACUGAACCUACUAUAAAAGUGGUUAAAUUCGUUGGCCUUGUCCACAUCGCCCACUGUCUCGCUAACUUUACUUUUGUAGCCAGUAAUAGUCUUCAUACCCUUCCACACCUCCCUUGUACUGUUACCCCGCAUAUUCCAUUGCAGACCCCUUCCAAAGUCUCUUCUGGCCGCCCUUAAACUCUUCCUCAACUCAUGUUGCACACUCCUAACCCUCUCACGGUCCCCAGAUUUGAAUGCCUCUUUUUUUAGAUUCAGGAGGCUCUUAAUGUUGCUAGUGAUCCAUGGCUUAUUGUUUGCAAAAGAGUGGACUGUUCUCAUGGGUACCACCACAUCAGUACAGAAGUUCACAUAAUCAGUAAC